AUGUCGCACUUCCGGUUGGGUUUCCGCUUAGCGAUUGGAUAUCCGUGCUUCACGGAGUUGGCGCCAUUGCAAGCGCUCGUUCAGUCUCUUAGCUCGCUCCAUAAAUACGCCUUUGCACAAGUAUUAGCUCUCCAACCUCGGCGUGAUGGGUGACAAAGAAGCUGCCUUUGACGAUGCUGUGGAAGAGAGGGUCAUCAAUGAGGAGUAUAAGAUAUGGAAGAAAAACACUCCAUUUCUCUACGAUCUGGUCAUGACUCAUGCUCUGGAGUGGCCCAGUCUUACUGCCCAAUGGCUGCCAGAUGUCACCAGACCAGAAGGAAAGGACUACAGUGUACACAGACUGGUGCUGGGGACACACACCUCUGAUGAGCAGAAUCACCUUGUGAUUGCUAGUGUUCAGCUCCCCAAUGACGAUGCCCAGUUUGAUGCCUCCCAUUAUGACAGUGAGAAAGGAGAGUUUGGCGGUUUUGGCUCUGUGAGUGGAAAGAUAGAAAUUGAGAUCAAAAUCAAUCAUGAAGGAGAAGUAAACAGAGCACGCUACAUGCCCCAGAACCCUUGCAUUAUUGCCACCAAGACCCCCACCAGUGAUGUGCUGGUUUUCGAUUAUACUAAGCACCCUUCUAAACCAGAUCCUUCGGGAGAGUGCACUCCAGAUCUUCGCUUGCGAGGUCACCAGAAAGAGGGCUACGGCCUCUCCUGGAAUCCAAACCUAAGUGGAUGCCUCCUCAGUGCUUCAGAUGACCAUACUAUCUGCUUGUGGGACAUAAGCACAGUGCCCAAGGAGGGAAAGAUCGUGGAUGCCAAGACUAUCUUCACGGGCCACACUGCCGUCGUAGAGGACGUGUCCUGGCAUCUCCUCCACGAGUCACUCUUUGGGUCUGUGGCUGAUGACCAGAAACUCAUGAUCUGGGACACACGAUCCAACAACACCUCCAAGCCCAGUCACGCAGUGGAUGCUCACACUGCUGAGGUCAACUGCUUGUCUUUCAAUCCUUACAGCGAGUUCAUACUGGCUACUGGCUCUGCAGACAAGACCGUGGCGUUGUGGGACCUGAGAAAUUUGAAGCUGAAGCUGCACUCUUUCGAAUCUCAUAAAGAUGAAAUAUUCCAGGUGCAGUGGUCUCCCCAUAAUGAAACUAUCCUGGCUUCAAGCGGCACUGACAGAAGGCUAAACGUGUGGGACCUUAGUAAGAUUGGCGAGGAGCAGUCACCUGAGGACGCAGAGGACGGCCCUCCUGAGCUGCUGUUCAUUCAUGGUGGACACACAGCAAAGAUAUCAGACUUCUCUUGGAAUCCCAACGAGCCGUGGGUCAUUUGUUCUGUGUCUGAGGACAACAUAAUGCAAGUGUGGCAAAUGGCUGAAAACAUCUACAAUGAUGAAGAUCCAGAAGGUGUAGCAGAUUCUGAAGUCCAGGCAUGAAUCCGUUCUUUUCAUCUUUUUUCUUCUGACCUGCUUAUUUGAACGAUCCCUUUCCACUGUCGGGUGCAUAAGCACUUCUUCUCCAUCUUCAUUUUGGGCACCAGUCAGCACAUUUAUACUAAGAUCCAUUUUUAUACAAAUGUACAUACGAAGGUUUCCACUUUAUUUGUGCGAACGUAGUACAAAUUUUCCGGCUUGUGUCUUGUAUCUCCUUUUAAUUUGUUCACUGCUGCGUUUUCUGUUUUGCUGUGCUGCAUUUGAACUCUUGUGUACUUAAGUAUAUUCCUAAUAAAUAUUUGGAGUUA